AUUUAUCCCUAAAACUCUUCAAGUUACUCUCCCUUCUUUGUUUUUCUAGCGACUUUCAGUCUCUCUCAUAUGGCUUUUUCGAAGCAAUAUUCUUAUUCUUAUUGUCUAUUAUUGGUGGUGGUGUUGAUGGGGAGAAUGACUCUAGGGCAAGACGAGGAUCCGAUCGUCGGAACAGACGGAGGGAGGAGGAGAUCGGAAAUGGUGCCUGCCAUGUUCAUUUUUGGAGACUCCCUUAUUGACAAUGGCAAUAACAAUAAUCUUCCUUCUUUCGCCAAGGCUAAUUACUACCCUUAUGGAAUAGAUUUUAAUGGUGGUCCGACUGGUCGUUUUUCUAAUGGCUACACCAUGGUUGAUGCCAUUGCUGUGGAGCUAGGGCUUCCCUUGAUCCCUGCAUACUCUGAAGCUUCUGGGGAUCAAGUUCUUCAUGGAAUCAACUAUGCUUCUGCCGCCGCCGGCAUCCUUGACAUCACCGGAAGAAACUUCGUGGGUCGUAUACCGUUUAGUCAACAAAUAAGGAACUUCCAAAAUACUCUGGAUCAAAUUACUGGUAAUCUUGGGGCAACUGAUUUGUCCAAGGCUAUCGCAAGAUCUAUAUUCUUUGUAGGGAUGGGGAGCAAUGACUACUUGAACAACUAUCUCAUGCCAAAUUACAAUACCAAGAAUGAAUAUAAUGCUCAACAAUAUGCUGAUCUUUUGGUUGAACAAUACACCCGGCAACUCACUAGCCUGUACAAUCUGGGUGCUCGGAAAUUUGUACUGGCUGGAUUAGGAAGAAUGGGCUGCAUACCAAGCAUCUUGGCUCAAAACCAGCUUGGUACCUGCUCAGAAGAAGUUAACCAGCUUGUUUUACCUUUCAAUACAAAUGUGAAGACGAUGAUCAACAAUCUUAAUGCCAAUCUUCCCGGUUCAAAAUUCAUUUACAUCGAUAUCGCUAGAAUGUUUGAAGAUCUGUUAGUCAACUACAGAUCCUAUGGGUUUAGUGUUAUAGAUCGAGGAUGUUGUGGGAUCGGGCGAAACAGAGGACAAAUUACGUGUCUUCCAUUCCAAACACCAUGUCCAAACAGAGAUCAGUAUGUGUUUUGGGAUGCAUUUCAUCCAACAGAAGCUGUCAACAUUUUAUUUGGAAAGAAGGCCUUCUCGGGCGACUUAAGCAACGUUUAUCCCAUGAACAUACAGCAACUUGCCAAUCUUGACAUUGGACCCAAUUAAUAAGAAAUAAGAAUGAGAGCCAUGCCCAUGCAUGUGGUUGUUUCAGUUUUUAGGGCUUGUUGUAAUCAGAGGAAAGUUGGGAUUGUGGUUUUUUCUUUCAUAAUGCAGCAACUUUAAUUUGGUUAUCCUUUGAUGGAUUUGUUUCCUUUGUCUUUUAGUAAAAUCAUAUUGAUCUGUAUGAUUCUCCAUUGAA